CCUCCCUUCAUCGCAUCCCGCUCUAGCAACUAUGGCCGGCCCCGCGCCCCUGUCGGGGGACACGUCGCCCGCCCUGUCGGCGACCUCCUCCUCCGACGUGGAUUCCCUGCAGGAAGAGAUGAUUCCCCUGGCGCCGGUUUUCUGUGACGCCUGUUCCUCGGUGCCGGCCUCCUUCAUCUUCCAGUGCCGUCCAUGUGGGGCGCAGAACUCCUACUGUGAGAACCCCCACUGCCGGCGAGAGCACUGGCGCAAGCACCUCCAAGAUUGCGAGGCGCUCAUGGAGCAGGAUCAGCUGGCCGAGGAUUCGCUCGUGUCGCGUGUCGGCUCGAACAAGUGGUUCCCGCGGAAGCGCCUUCGUAGCACGGCCAACAAUGACGAUCUCCAGCUGACCAAUCUCCCGGUGCUGGACGUGUGUGUCCGUCAGCUGACCGGCAUCUCCAUGGCCGGGUGGCUGGCCUUCCCGGGUGACACCUACACUCGCUGGUGCCUGCGCUACUUCGUCCUCUGGGAGGACAUCCUCUUCAGCUUCACGCAUGAGGGUGGCACCGCAUGCGGAGCCAUCUCCCUGCUGGGCUUCCGGGUGUCCACUCCGAGCGCUCGAUCGGCGGCCGCCGCGCGGGCUGGCACGCGCGACCGCGCCGGCGGUCCGGCUGGCGUGUCCUCCGGCCCGCCGCAGCCUUCGCGCGCCAUUCUGGCAGCCGCGGCGGCGGCCGCUGCCCAGCACCGCCUGGCAGCGGCCAGCGGUGACUCCAGCCUCCCGCAGGUGGUCGCUGUCCCGUCGGCCACGCCGGAGCGUCCCAAUGAGGAGGCCCUGCGCCAGACGCGCUUCACCAUUUGCGCGUACAAUCGCGAUGGUCGGUGCUUGUACUUCGUGGUCGCCUCGCGCCAGGAGUACUCCCAGUGGAGUAGCGCCUUCUCCCGGGUGACGGCCCUCCACUACGUCAAGUUGCGGAAUGGCACCAUCUCCGAGAGCACUCCGAGCUCAUUCUCUUCCGAUCGUGACGAUGACGAUCCCUCCAUGCUGCCUCUCGACGAUUUCCAGGACCCAGCCGUCCGCACACUGCCACUCUUGAAUGAUCCGGAGUUCCCGACCUUCGGGCACAAGAACUUCUCCGUUCGCUUGACCACCUCCCUGGUCAUGGACGCCCUCCUGCCGGCGGAGUUUGUCACCCCCUGCGAGGAGGAGAAGCAGGCCCUGCUUCGUGCGGCGCAGGAUGCCGCCGGGCGGCGCUUCUCCGCCAGCAGCACCGCCAACUCCAGCCAGCUGAGCCUGCCCUUCUACUCGCGCGAGGCCCUCUAUGCUCAAGCCAAGAUCAUCAAGGAGCGCAAUCCGAUCAACUCGCAGACCAUGCAUUCGGCGUGGCUCACCCUGCCGACGCGCGCCAACGAGGGCGACCCCGAGUCGUCGACCCCCUCCCCGGGGUCCGGUUCAUCGAAUCGCAUCUCUCGGACCUUCCGGCAGCUGACCAAUUCCAUGCGCAUCCAGCGUGAUCAGGUCAUGCAGGAGCAACGCGCCAGCGGCUUCACCACCGGCCCCGGCUCCGGGGGUGCUCCCUCCUCGCUGGGCCCCUCCAGCGGGGCAUCCUUCUCGGGCUUUGACUGGGUGUCCUCGGCAUCGGGCGGGUCCAUCUCGGCGGCCACCGGGCCGACUGGCACCGGUUCCGGGUCCAACAAGAAGCGCGCUGACAUCUUCAGUCUCUUCUCCUUCAGCUCUUCCUCCAAGAGUGCCAUCGAUCUGGGGUCCGACCCGGGGGCCGGGUCCGGCACGGCGCCUGGCACCGGUUCCGCCACGUCCCUCGGCACCGGGAGCGAUGCCGGCUCGCCGCUCCUCGGGUCGGCGUCACCUCCGCCCUCCGGCGGGUCUGUCGGGUCGCCGGGGCUCGGCGACCGGUCGUCGUCCUUCUCGCGCAUCGCCCGCCGGACCAUCGGCCGCAAGGGCGGCUCUUCGAAGUCCCUGUCGAAGGCGGCCACGGCCGAGGCGGCAGCCGCCUCGGAAGCCGCUUCGGUCUCCGCCUCCUCCUCCGCCUCCUCCUCCGCCUCCUCCUCCGACGCUUCCAUCGAGAAGGCUUCGGCCGGGGGGGGGACGCCGGCAACUUCCGGCUCGGCGGCCUCAGUGGCCGACAGUUCGCCCGACAGUGGCUCGCCGCCUGCCUCCAUGGCCCAUCUGUUUGCCGGGCCGAUGGAUGGCGAGGCGGUCACGCCCCGGCCAGCGGCCACCGGCCGCGCUCCUGCUCCCGAUGAUGAGGAUGACGAUGAGGAUGAGCUGAACACCGUGCCGCUGAAGUCCGACGAUUCGACGGUCUCCCCCCGGGCCGGAGGCAGUGGCGCCUCGCCCGGGAUGUCCAACGCCGCGAUGCACAUGCGUGGCACGUACGGCCGGCGCCGGGCCUCCGUGGCCCUGACCGCCAUGCAAAUGGCCCAGGUGUCGAAUGCCCUGGCCGCGGCCGAGUCCGGCAAUGGGGACAUCAUGCCCUCCUUUGCGGCGGGGCUCUUCUCGCCGCCGAACCCCGGCACGUCGGGUCACGGAUCGGUCUCCCUGCGCCAGCGUGGGUCGGUGCGGACCUUCUCCGCCUCCUCGCCGAGCCUGCUCGGGGGCGCGUCGCCACCGGCGGCCCCGCUGGUGGCCGCCACGGGACCCGGUGCUCAGGAUGACUCGGACUCCGACUCUGACACCGAUCCCGAUCGGCAGUACUUCAUCGAGGGCUGGCUGACCCUGGUGUCCGGCGAGUCGUCGGUGCAGCUGCGUGAUGAGACCGAGCCCGGGAUCUCGCCCGCGCCGUCGGUCGAUUCGAUUCUCGGGUUCUACGAGACGCCCAGCUCCGAGGCCGGCUCCUCCGAUGCGUCCAUGCGCUCCGGCCCCAGCCGGCGGCUGUGGUUCGUGUGCGAUGACUUCUACCUGCAUGCCUUCUGCAACCAGCAGUCCAUCUCGUCGCUCAUGGAGUUGGACCUGGAGCGGUGUGUGGUGGAGGCCUUGGGCGAGGCCCAGCUCCGGAUCGGGGUGCGCCCUGGUGCGCUGGCCGAGCGCCCGGUCGAGGGGGGGGAUGGCCCCGGUGGAGCCGACGAUUCCGGCCCCGGCGCGGCGCCGGCAUCCCCCGGGACCUCGGAUGUUCCGCGGGUGCUGGUGCUGCAGGCGGAAUCCGGUGCCAGCCGCGACCAGUGGCUGCGCGUGAUGGACGCCAUGCGGGACUACUUCAUCGGGUCCGGCUUCAACAUCUCACUUGGGGAUCUGUCCGCUCCGGCGGCCGAGGGCGAUGGUGCCGAGUCUUCUGGCGCCCCGGCCCCGGUGGCUGGUGGAUUGCUGUCGGCCGCCUCGGCCAUGAGUUCGGCCAUGGGGGACCUGUCGCGCAGUGCGGCGGCCCCCACAGGGUCCAUUGUCGAUCGAUCCUCCGCGGCCAUGGGCGAUGGGGCCGCCCUCCAGCCACGCGGAUCCAUCCGCCGGAGCAAGCCCAAGCCGCCUCCCAUUCAGACCGGCGGAGCGGGCGGGCUUGGGGCGCAUUCGCGCUCGACGUCGCGUCCAUCCCCGAUCGGUCGCAGUGACGCCGGUGGCCCGAGCCACGGCGGAUCGCCCUCCGGCGAUGACUUCGACCAGGAGGUCCAGCUCUUUGAGAAGGGCCUCGAGCACUCGACCAGCACCUUGAUGACCCCGUUGACGGCCUUCCCGUCGCACUUCAACCUGCACGACCUGUCCGGGCCGGAUUCCAAGCCGCCCGGCCUGCCGGAGCAUCUGGCUGGCACCGGGUCCGGAGCCGCUGGCACUGCCACCCCCGGUGCAGAUGCCCCCGCCGGGCCGGUCACCGGGUCUGGCCCUGCCGGGCCAGGUGACGGGCUCUCGGCCUCCACUCCCGGUGCCUCGGGGCCUGGUGCCGGCAUCCCUGCGCCCGGGAUCCUGGACGAGGCGACCCUCGACGACCCCUCGCUGCCGCCCUUCACCACCGCGGCCGAAAUCAAGCAGGUCACGGCCAUCGGCCUGCGGCGCCGGUGCACCUACCUCUUUGCCCCGGUGCUCGAGGGUGGCCCGACUCUGGGCCAAGCCGAGGACCUCAGUCAGUUUGCCCUCCGCGCUUCGGGUGGAGUCCGGGCGUCGGUCAUUUCGACGCAUUCGUCGGCCACGCCGGCGGCCGGCGGGUCGACCACGCCGACGGCGGCCGAGGCCGAGGCUCGCCUGGCCAAGGCCAGCGAAGACAUGGUCAUCCAGUACCACCAGGAUGAGAAUGGCAUCGUCGAUGAGUACAACAUCACGGCCUGCUCCAUGGACAUGAUGAUUGCCCGGCUGGCGGAUGAAAACCACCCGGACACCAAUUACAUUGACACCCUGCUGCUGACGCAUCGCCAUGUGAUGACCUCCACCCAGUUGAUGGAGCGCCUGUACUGCCGGUUCAAUGUGCAGCCGCCGCCGCGCGCGACGCCCGAGCAGCUGGCCUACUGCCAGCAGUGGACCCCGGUCAUCCGCGUGCGCACGCUGUCGGUCAUCAAGCGCUGGAUCACCUACUACUGGUCGGACUUCUCGGAUCCCGCCACUCGGGCGGUCCUCAGUGACUUCCUGGACCUGACCCAGCAGUCCGAGGGGCAGAUGGCCUCCCUGGGCAUGCGCCUGCGCAAGCUGAUCGAGAGCCAGGAUCUGUCGCAGGCAGCCGAGCGGGAGGCUUUGCGGCGCGAGCGCCAGGAGCGUGCCCGGUCCCGGGCCGCGGCGGCCGCCUCGCAGCAGCAGCAGAAGCUCAGCCUCCGGCAUCUGGCCCCGCGAGAGUUCGCCCGGCAGCUGACGCUCAUCGAUUACCAGCGCUUUGCCAGCAUUUCGCUGAUCGAGUUUGUCACGCGCCUGUGGGACGGUGUCGGUCCGACCAAUGAGAAUCUCAACACCAUGAUCGAGUGGUUCAAUGACAUCUCCUUCUUCGUGGUGGAGAGCCUGGUCGAGCAGCCGGUGCUCAAGAAGCGCGCCGAGCUGCUGGAAGCCUUCAUCAAGGUGCUGAAGGAGUUGCUCCGUGUGCGGAACUACAACUCGGCCAUGGCCAUCAUUUCCGGGCUGAACAUCGCCUCGGUCCGGCGUCUGCACAAGACCUGGGCCUUGGUGUCGGCUCGGUCGAUGGCGGAUUUGGAGCGCUCGGAGAAGCUGAUGUCCGCCAUGCAAAACUUCCGGACCUACCGCCUGAUCCUGGAGGAGCUGGAGGCCAAUCCGGAGCCCUGCGUUCCAUUUAUGGGGCUCUUCCUUCGGGAUCUGACCUUCAUCAAUGAUGGUAAUCCCAAGCGCAUCAAGAGCCUGAUUAACAUCGGCAAGAUGCGCAUGCUGGCCCAGCAGAUUCUUCGUCUUGGGGUGUUCCAGUCUCAGGACUUCUCCUUCCGGCCGACCGCCGAUUCGGAGCAGAUCCGCCAAUUCAUCUAUGGCAUCGACCCGUCGCGCGAUGAGAACGAGCUCUACAGCCGCUCGCUCCAGUGUGAGCCGCGCGCCACUUGAGAGCCCCACGUGCUGCGAUGGUCCCCCCUCCCCCCUGCGCGCACGCGCGCGUUGUCCCCAGUGGCGGGGGGGGGGGGGGGGGGACGAAGCGCGCCCGUGUGCACGCUCGCGCCCCUCCUCCUCCUCUCUCCCUCUCCACCUCCCCCCCCCUCCCCUGUCUCUCCCCUGUCAUCGUCUGAUGGGGCUGUCUGCCGUCUCCUACCUUCGCCCAUUUCCCCAUAUCCCCUUCCCUGCCCGUGUGUGAAUCUCCGGUCUCUGUCCUUGCCUUCUUUCCCCCCUCAUCUCCCCUCCUCGAUGGGUGUGUGUGCGUGUGUGUGUGUGUGUGUCCGCGCGUCCAUGCCUGUCCUCGGCGCGCAUUCACAUUCGCACCACACCCUCACCGAUGUAUGCACAUACAUCGAAGUGUAUUUAUGUGUGAGUGUAAGCAUGUAUGCGCGUAUGUAUGCGAUUAUGUUACACAGUAGAAACAUUGCCCCCUCCUACAUGCUCCUCCCUCGCCGGAUGGCUUUUUUGUCGCCCGCCCACCCUGCUCAUGAAUAUACGCUCACACUCGUG